AACAAACGAAGACGUAAACAAAGGACGAUAGAUAGAAAUCCACCAUAUGGUACUCGUAACUCGUCUAUAAAAAGCUUUUACACGUUCCUUAACAAUUCCCUCAUAAAUGAAAGAAUGUGCAACGACACGACGGGUGUCAUCAUGGAUGUGAACCCUGUGGAACAAUCCGUCCGGGUCGCGUUUUCUAUCAGAGGGUCGCUGAUUGAUGUGGAU